AUGAAUGGGGGCCACGACAGAACACCGGGAGCUGCGAGCCCCAUGUUCACACUCUGCUCCUCACAGAAGAUGUGCUCCUGGGUGCUGAGCUGUUGCUUAGCCCUUCAGCACCUGGCCGUGCAGGCCUCCUUGCUCUGUAUCUUCCACUUCCUUCUGCUGCCCACCCUGCCCAAGGAGCUGCCUCAUGCCCAGGCCACCAGCGAGCUGCUGGCACGCAGCCUCUUUGCCUGUGGCAUCUCCACAGUGCUGCAGACCACCCUGGGGAGCCGGUUGCCACUCAUUCAAAUCCCAUCCUUUGAGUACCUGGUCCCUGCCAUGGUGCUGAGCUCCCACCUGUCCCUCAGUGCCAGCACAGACAGGAAUGGCACAGCUGCGGCCAGCACAUGCCCUACAUCGCAUUGCACUGUCGCAGGGAGCUGGGCUGCCUCGCUGCGAGAGGUCUCUGGAGCGGUGCUGACCUCUGGGCUGAUCGAGUUGUUGAUGGGAGUGUCUGGUGUGUGCGGGUGGGCCAUGCAGCGCUGUGGGCCCAUGGUCCUGGCCCCCAGCCUCUCCAUUAUUGGGCUGUCUGCAUACAAGGAAGCUGCUUUCUUCUGCUCCACUAACUGGGGCAUAGCACUGCUGCUCAUGCUCCUUACUGUCACCUUCUCCCAGCACCUGCGAUCCUGCCGCCUGCCCUUCUGUACCUGGCCCCAUGCUCAGGAGGGCUCCGCAGAGCCACCAGUCCCCACCCUGCGCACAUUCUCGGUACUGCUCCCAUUUGCUGGUGUCUGCAUUGUCUGCGCCAUCCUUAGCCACUUCCACAUCUCCUGGGAAUCGCUGGACCUGGCCAUGGCACAGCUAUCCUGGGUCAACAGCACCUUCCAGGCCCCUUGGGUCCGCAUUCCCUAUGCAGGUGAGUGGGGGUGGCCACUGCUCACCCCACGGGCACUGGCAGUGGGCAUCGCCAUGGCCAUCAGCUGCAGCAUGAACUCAGUGGGCUGCUAUGUGCUGUGUGGGAGGCUGCUCCAAGCCCCCCGGCUGCCUCCUCAUGCCUGCAACCGGGGGCUUUGUAUGGAAGGGUUGGGUAGCCUCCUGGCAGGACUGCUGGGCUCCCCAGGGGGCACAGCCUCCAGCAUUGCCAACGCCUGUGCCACCGGCCUCACACAGGCUGGCACUCGCAUCUCAGUGCAAGUAAGUGCGCUGGUGUGCGUGGUGCUGGGCAUGUCCCCGAGGCUGGCAGGGUUCCUCACCCACAUCCCGCUGGCGGUCCAUGGAGGAGUGCUCUGUGUCACCUACGCCGUGGCUGUGGGCACGGGAAUCUCCUACUUCCAGUAUGCAGACAUCGACUCAGGGAGAAACAUCUUCAUUGUUGGCUUUGCCAUGUUCAUGGCACUGCUGGUACCACGGUGGUUCAGCACUGCUCUGACUCACCUGGCCACAGGCUGGGUGCCACUGGACCUCCUCUUCCUCUCCCUGCUCAUGGUGCCUGUCUUCUUAACUGGUUUCUUGUCAUUUUUUCUGGAGAACACAGUCUCAGGAACUCUGGAGGAACGAGGGCUGCUCUCCAAGCUGGCACCAUGGAAAGCCAGGGCAGGCGAUUGUCACCCCUGUGGAGAGAGAGGCGAAGCCAACCAAGCAUAUGGGCUCCCCACUGGGCUGAGGAGGCUGCUGCCAUCCUCCUGCAAAGCCUUCCCCUGCUGCUUCCUCUGUCCAGGGAAUGAGGAAGAGGAGGACAAUAGCUGUGCCACUGAGGAGGAGAUUGCUGCCCCAGGGGAAGGGACACACCUGCUCCCCAAACCUAGCUCUGGGGAGCUGCAGCCAGUAAUGAGGACGAGCGAGACAGAGAUGCCUGCAUGGCACACUGUGGCCUGA